ACAAAAAAAGAAAUAAACAAAAUAACAAAAAACAUCAUGGAGCUUAAAAAUACAUUCUUUCUAAUUCUACUUCUAUCAACAACCAUUCUCCAAUCUUCAUCUGCAAACCCGAAACGGCCCGAACCAGACCGGUUCAUCGUGUCAUCAUGCCAAACCACCCGAUAUCCAUCACUAUGUGUGCAUACUCUCUCUGCUUACUCUACCAUGAUUCGCCACAACAACGACCAAGAUCUCGCCCAAACGGCUCUUACCAUCAGCUUGGCUCGAGCCAGGUCCGUUGCUAUAUUCGUCGUCAAACUAACCAAAGAAACGCCAAGUUUCAAGCGUAGAGAAUAUUUAGCAAUAAAAGACUGCAUCGAAGUGUUAGGCAAUAGCGUGGACCGGUUAGGUCAGUCGGUUAAAGAACUGGGUCGAGCUGGCCAUGCUGUGGCUAGUGAGGACUUCAUGUGGAAGAUGAGUAACGUUCAGACAUGGGUUAGUGCUGCUUUGACUGACGAAACAACGUGUCUAGAUGGAUUCUCGGGUCAAGCCAUGGAAGGCAAAUUGAAGAGGCUAAUUCGGCUUAAAGUGGUUCACGUGGCUCAAGUCACUAGCAAUGCUCUUGCUUUGGUUAAUCAUUUUGCAGAGAAACGAACUGUGAAGAUUCCCUAAAUGGAGUUUUUGUUUUUGUUUUUUAAUGACUAAUGUGAAAAUUUUGGCUUGUAUGUGAAAUCUUGAAUCUUUCAGAGUUGUGUAAAUUGCUAUCUCCUUUGUUUUGUUUUUCUUUGUCGGUCGAAAGAAAACUAAAGAUACCCAAUUUGUAAUAUUGUAC